CCCGCGCGGCGCUCGCUCUCGCGAGAGGCCGGCGCGCGAGCCCGUGGCCUUCCCCUCCCCUCUUUCGGCCUCCCGGGUCCCGCUGCAGCGUCAGCCUGCUUGGGGCCUCGGUGGCGGCGGCCCCCUCGCCUCAGCCCCGUCACCCUAGGCGCCCCCUGCCCGGGUCCCCCGCUCCGCCUGCCCCGCCGCCCGGCGCCGGCCUAGGCCGCGGCCGCAGCCCCCGACUCGCGUCGGCGCCGCCCGCUCGCGGCCCGCCCCCUAUGGGCCCCGGCUGAGGCGCCGCCGCCGCCGGCCCGCGGAGCCCCGAUGCUGGCCCGGAGGAAGCCGGUGCUGCCGGCGCUCACCAUCAACCCCGCCAUCGCCGAGGGCCCGUCCCCCACCAGCGAGGGCGCCUCCGAGGCGAACCUGGUGGACCUGCAGAAAAAGCUGGAGGAGCUGGAGCUGGACGAGCAGCAGAAGAAGCGGUUGGAGGCCUUCCUCACCCAGAAGGCCAAAGCCGGCGAGCUCAAGGACGACGACUUCCAGAGGCUCUCAGAGCUGGGGGCCGGCAAUGGCGGCGUGGUCACCAAGGUCCAGCACAGGCCGUCCGGCCUCAUCAUGGCCAGAAAGCUAAUCCACCUGGAGAUCAAGCCAGCCAUCCGGAACCAGAUCAUCCGUGAGCUCCAGGUCCUGCACGAGUGCAACUCUCCGUACAUCGUGGGCUUCUAUGGUGCCUUCUACAGCGAUGGGGAGAUCAGCAUCUGCAUGGAGCACAUGGAUGGUGGCUCCCUGGACCAGGUGUUGAAGGAAGCCAAGCGGAUUCCUGAGGAGAUCCUGGGGAAGGUCAGCAUUGCGGUUCUCCGGGGCCUGGCGUACCUUCGAGAAAAGCAUCAGAUCAUGCACCGAGAUGUGAAACCCUCCAAUAUCCUGGUCAACUCCAGAGGAGAGAUCAAGCUGUGUGACUUCGGGGUGAGCGGACAGCUCAUUGACUCCAUGGCCAACUCCUUCGUGGGGACGCGGUCCUACAUGUCUCCAGAGCGGUUGCAGGGCACACACUACUCGGUGCAGUCGGACAUCUGGAGCAUGGGCCUGUCCCUGGUGGAGCUGUCCAUCGGAAGGUACCCCAUCCCGCCGCCCGAUGCCAAGGAGUUGGAGGCCAUCUUCGGCAGGCCUGUGGUUGAUGGUGCAGAAGGAGAGCCCCACAGCAUCUCACCCCGGCCUCGACCCCCUGGGCGCCCCAUCAGUGGUCACGGGAUGGACAGCCGGCCGGCCAUGGCCAUCUUCGAGCUGCUGGACUACAUUGUCAAUGAGCCGCCUCCCAAGCUGCCCAGUGGUGUGUUCAGCCCACAGUUCCAGGAGUUCGUGCACAAAUGCCUCAUUAAGAACCCAGCAGAACGCGCAGAUCUGAAGAUGCUCAUGGGCCACGCCUUCAUCAAGCGCUCCGAGGCCGAGGAAGUGGAUUUCGCCGGCUGGCUGUGCAGGACCCUGCGUCUGAACCAGCCCAGCACGCCCACGCGCACUGCCGUGUGAUGGCCACCGGACGCCCGCGUCUGGCCGCCUGCCCACCCCCAUCUGUGCCCGCCCUUGGGCCCCUCCUGCCCUGGGAACAUCUGUGUCCUUGCGUCCCCUGGGUUGUCGCCUGGCCCGGGAGGGACACUGCUGCUGUCACCAUCUAGGAACCUGCUUACUUAGUUUUAAAAGGAAACACAAAACAGGGAGAGGAAAAGCAAACGCUGCCCAUGGCGCCUCCUUGCUGCGCGGGUCUUCUCGGUGUUGGUCUUGCUCACCCCAACUGGAGGCUGGCCUCGGAGGCUCUCCAGGCCUGAAGCCCCAGCGCCUGGGCACCCAGCCCGCCUCAGCAUCUCACCUGGAGAAACCGCGCAGGCCAGGCCUCAGUAGAGCCGCUUCCUCCACCUCCCUCCCUGGCUGCUUCCGCCUCUUAUCACACAGCCUGGACGGCAGGCAGCCUCUGCCUCCUCCCCAGCCCACCGCGGGGCCCUCCAGCCUCCCUCCCAGCACUGAGCUGACACAGCUCUGCAGAAAGGAAGUGCUGGGUUCCACGCUCUGUGGAGGAAGCCCAGCAGAUGCAGCAGAUAAGGCCGAGUCCCUGCCCUUGCAGCAGGCCCCACAGAUGUGGCUGUCACCUGUACCUGUCCUGCGACUCACGAGCCAGUGCUGGGCGCAUCUCUCCGCGGGCCCUCCAGCUGCUGGCCGUGGAAGUGGGUGAGACCUGCCCUGGGUCCCAGGUCUUCAUAUCUUCGGGCCCUCGUGGCCCCCGCGUGGCCCGAGGCCCGGCUUCCUGCCUUAAGGGCCACUCACCUCAGGCAGCCAAGGGAGAGGGCCCUUCUGGGCUGUCGGCACGGCCUGCUCUCAGCUCUCUGAAGCUGCCCCUCCACGCUUCUGAGGACUGGCACCACCAACGCUCACCGGCAGGCCCUGUGCUGCUGCAGAAGGCAGGAGCUCGUGGUCCUCCGGGAGCUCAGGACCGGGUGGCCCCUUUCUUCUCGGGACCCUUCCGGUCCUCUAUUGGGUUUUUUCUGCACACACCAAAGAGAUGAGUUGGUGCCUCAUUCAGACAACUUUGCUGUUUCUGCCACUGGGUAUUUUCUGCCCAGAAUCUCACAUGAUUUAGGUUCUUGGGAGGCUGAAGCAGAAGGACUGCAAGUUUGGAGGCCAUCUUGGACAACUCAGAGACCCUGUCUCAAAAAAUAAAAAGGGCUGGGGACAGAGCUCAGUGGCAGAGCAGCCUGAACUCAUCCCCAGCACUGCCAAGAGGAAGAGACC